AUGGCUGUGAUUGAUUUUUCCAUGGAAAACCUGAAGCCUGGAACAAGCCAAUGGGUCUCGGCACGCGAAAAAGUCCGGCGUGCGUUCGAAGAUUGUGGUUUUUUUGUGGCAAACUUCGACAAAGUUGGAAGAGAGAUUCACAGCACUCUUUUCCCAAUAGUGCAAGAAAUGUUUGAUCUUCCAAUAGAGAUCAAAAUCAAGAACACUGGAAACAAGCCUUAUGAUGGUUACAUGGGACAAUACAACUACCUUCCACUUUAUGAAUCUCUAUCCAUAAGAAAUCCGACAGCAAUGGAGGCAAUUCAAAGUUUCACACAACUCAUGUGGCCUUCCGGAAACAAUCAGUUCCGCCAAAGCGUUCUCUCGGUUUCGAAGAAUAUAGCUGAAUUGAAUGAAACGGUGAUAAGAAUGUUGUUUGAGAGCUAUGGUGUUGAGAGAUUUGUCGAAAAUUACGUGAGAUCAAUCGACUACCAACUCCGGUUUUUCGGAUAUAGGGUCCCUCAAGAGGAUGAGUCGGAUGUGGGAGUGAAGCCUCACACGGACAAGAGUUUCAUGACCAUACUUUAUCAAAACCAGGUCGAUGGUUUGCAGGCAAAAACUAAGGAUGGCGAGUGGGUUGAUGUUAAGCUCUCGCCUUCAUCGUUCUUGGUCUUGGCGGGAGAUGCCCUCAUGGCAUGGAGUAACGAUCGAAUAGCGCCCUGUAAUCAUCAAGUGGUGAUGAGGAAGAAUGAACGUAGGUACUCUCUUGGACUAUUUACUGCGAUUGAUGGGAUAAUACAAGUACCCGAAGAAUUACAAGAUGAAGAACAUCCCUUGAAGUAUAAGCCAUUCAAUCAUUCCGACUACCUACGUAGGACUCAAUCGGAGCAGACUACCCAACCAAAAUGCUUCAUCAAAGACUACUAUGGUGUUUCAGAUUUGUAA